CGAAUACGAACGAGUCCUGAUUUGACUUCGCGCGCGCUUCCCGGCCAGCCGCCUCCCCCUACUUCUCACUACUUCCUUGCGUAGGAAUGUGGAGGACCUGCCCUCUGACCCGAGCAACCCGCCACGCAGUGAGACGUGACGUGGACCCAUUGAGUUUGCCGGCAUUGUCAGGAAACGGAAACCAAGCAGAGGCCCGGACAACAAGUCAUGUCGGACAGCGAACAGCCAACGGCCACCAGCCAACACCGUACCAAGUACAGUGGCCAACAGGUAGCCACCUGGUAGCCAGGGUGCCCAACGGGGAAGCGGGGCACCGCACACGUGACCAGCCCCCAACACGGACAAGCGCUGUAUGACGAAAGCAUGCACCACGCAUCCACACGUCCACCUUGCUCUCAGCCCCGUCGGCCGCCGACGCGACCACGCACUCCUAACCAUGUCUUACUUCUUCUCCACCCCGGUCGACAUCGACAUUGUCCUCGAGGACCUCGACGACCGCUCCGCCGUCGACGUCAAGCUCGACAAGAACCGCAAGGAAAAGGUCCCCCUCUACCUCGAUGGCGAGUCGGUCAAGGGCCAGGUCACCGUCCGCCCCAAAGAUGGCAAGCGCCUCGAGCACACCGGCAUCAAGGUCCAGUUCAUUGGCACCAUUGAAAUGUUCUUCGACCGCGGAAACCACUACGAGUUCCUCUCCCUCGGCCAGGAGCUAGCCGCUCCCGGCGAGCUGCAGCACCCCCAGACCUUUGACUUCAACUUCAAGAACGUCGAGAAGCAGUACGAGUCGUACAAUGGCAUCAACGUCAAGCUGCGCUACUUUGUCCGCGUCACCGUCUCGCGCAGAAUGGCCGACGUGGUCCGCGAAAAGGACCUCUGGGUUUACUCGUACCGUAUCCCCCCAGAGACAAACAGCUCCAUCAAAAUGGACGUUGGCAUCGAGGAUUGCUUGCACAUUGAGUUUGAGUACUCAAAGUCCAAAUACCAUCUCAAAGACGUCAUUGUAGGCAGGAUAUACUUCCUUCUCGUCCGGUUAAAGAUCAAGCACAUGGAGCUUUCCAUCAUCCGGCGAGAAACAACGGGCGCGCCCCCGAACCAGUACAACGAAAGCGAGACGCUGGUCCGCUUCGAGAUCAUGGAUGGUUCGCCCUCGCGAGGUGAAACAAUUCCAAUCAGGUUGUUCCUUGGCGGCUUCGACCUGACCCCCACCUUCCGCGAAGUCAACAAGAAGUACUCGACUAGAUAUUAUCUCAGUCUUGUACUUAUUGAUGAAGAUGCGCGACGAUACUUUAAGCAGUCCGAGAUUGUACUCUUCCGACAAGCACCUGAGGGCCUCACAUUGGCGCAGGAACAGAAUAAGUUGAUGGCGGUAUCAUGAGGAAAGUACCUUGAGCAGAAGAGCACUUGCAUCUAGCCCAAGUUUGGCCAGUGCGCCACACUGUGGCGUUAAUGUCGGAGUUAUUCGUUGCGCAUAGUAAUACCCCGAUAUGGGAUCCUACGGGACCAUUGAGCCUUGGUAUUGUAGCAUAUGGGUUUUGAGUGUACCCUUAUAUCCAUGGGAAUGUAGCAGUCUCCGUGGGCACUAUCCAUCGGCCAAGUAAAGCAAUUAUGACGGCGUCUCCACACUGGCGCGCUAGUCAAAGUGGAGCCUCUAUUUGCUGUACCGUUGUUAUGCACAAUCGUCGGCUUUGCUUGCAGACGCUGGCCAAGGACCGGC